AUACUGGAAUCAGCGGCGGCUUCUCAGAAAACAAUACGAGAGGUUACAAAACGAGGGUCCGCCACCAAUUGACGGCGUACAGGUUCGAUAUGACGCCUUUGUCUCCUACAACAGCAAAGACGUUGAUUGGGUACUUAAGUCAGCCUUACCGAUACUGGAAGGUCCCGAGUUCAACUUUCGUCUUUGCGUUGACUUCAGGGAUUUUGUAGUUGGGGGAGCGAUUGCUGACAAUAUUUCUGAUGCUAUUAAGUAUAGUCGCAAAAUGUUGAUAGUUGUCACCAAGAACUUUGCUAAAAGUGAAUGGUGUUACUUUGAAAUGGAAAUGGCCAGAACACGUAUGUUUGACCAUCACGAGGACAUUUUAGUGGUUGUAAUAUUAGAGCAUGUGGCGAGUAGAAAUAUGCCGACAUUACUUCAGAAGAUCUUGAGAAAGAAGACCUACAUCGAAUGGACAGAAAAUCCAGAUGGUCAGAAGGUGUUCUGGACACGCUUAGCAGCAGCUUUGAAUACUCCGAAUGCUCACCACGAUCGUCUAUUAAAUUGA